AUGGAUGAAAGUCAUCCGCCGCUGGGCGAAAGUUCGCAAGGCGGGGAGUUACCUGUAACUCCCCAGAACCAGCGCGCUAAAGCAGAGGUCGGAGAUGGGAGCCAAUCUCUUCCAAUCAAUCUCGUGAACGAUAGCGUUCCUACUCAUAAUCGGCCACAAGAACCUCCCAUACGCAGGGGCAGAGGGAGGCCACGAGGGUCAAAGAAUAAGAAGACUAUUGCCGCCGAAAAUGCUGCCCGUCGACCGCAGACGCGAUUUCCAUCGCCACCACAAGCACUGGGUGAUGAAAAGGACAGCCACCAAAGUUGGAUGGGUGAUGAGUACGUUCCCAGCAAUUACGGAGACCCUCCAUAUCGACCUACGAACACAUCACAGAUUGGUAGUGAGGAUGCUUUGAUCUCGCCCGACACACAUGAGAGCCAAGCUGUCGCGGAAUUUAUCAAGAGUUAUCGAAACUCAGUCAAUCUUACCAGGGAGAAGAACAGGCAAUCUGUUCCCAUUAGCAGAGAAAGAAUGAAGGAAGAGGAUCAAUAUGAGCUAGCGAAACUUAUCGAUUCUCACACCUGGAGCCAGACUCAAGAAAAUGAGUUAGACGCAUCUUGGGAGAGUGGUUUAGUUAAGGCUGCAAUACAGCGCUUGCCCGAUCGCGGCACCUAUCUUUCCUCCGUCUUCGAGACAUCCUUUCAUCUCUGCAACAUGGAUCCUCUGUCCCUGUUAUCCAUGUAUCACGACUUCGAGUUCGACAAUAGUGGUAACGAUAGCUUUAUGCAUGACAACGGUGAAGGGUUCUCUGCCAAAGAGGCCCGCAUCUUGAGCCACCUCGGCUGUGGCGACCUCUCAGUCUCUCCAGUACUAGAGUGCUUUCGCUUACAUCAAGAACGAUCUAAAGCUGCUGGUUUCAUUAAGACACCCCACGCCAAGCUUCUGGCAUUAGUAGCUGAUCAUGCUGGGUUGCGCGCAGCACCGACAUCAACCGACGUUAUGCUCGUUCGUACUGGAGACCUGGAUGUCUUGAUCAGCGCCUUGGACCGUUUGAACGAUUGGGGGUUGAGUAUCUCUUGUGAUGUCCAUCAUCUACAAUACUGCGCCAGUCAAAUCUCGAUAAGUUACCCCUCGGGGCUGGAGGAGCUAUUGGAGGAAUACAAAUGGGUUUGGAUGAAGCUUGAGAGGAGCAAGCUCUGCAAUGCUGCAGUGAACCUGCCUGCCAUCCAAAGCGAUACGUUAUAUCGCCAGACCGAUGGACAGGGAGUCCCAUCCAACAACAAAUUUCUGCCCAACAAUGCAGUUUUGGUUGACUAUCCUAAGAAUCCUCAGAACGUGGGACAUUUCAAAAUAGAGAGCCCUCCUAUCCGGCGGUCAUUCGACCCCGACGCUGGUGACUUAACCCGGACUAUGGCUGAUCACAGGGACCAGCUUAAUCCAUUCCAGGCGUUUCUCACGAAUCAGCCCAACAGAGCCCAGUCGACCCUCCCGAACCCCUUCAUCACACAGCCUGACCCAGAUCCUGCACAAGAGCCACGCAUGGGUGGUUCUGAAGACGGGGAAAUUAUAUCAACUGAGUUAUCUGACGAAGAGAUGAUGGAGGAACAACUUGAACACGACCCCGAUAUUCCUCAGGCUGCAGGUGGCCAUCCAAGAAAGAGGGACCAGGCCAGAUACCAGGUUCGGAAGCGUAAGUUCGAGACGAAGAAGCAGUUCCAGCGCCGUCGUGCGUACUACGGCCAAUCUUAUUCAUCUGCGUCGCAGAGACAGGGAGGAAAUAAAUGGGGAGCUCGGUCUGGCUCUGGUUAUGAAAGGAGAUGA